AUGGAAAUAAAGGAAGCACAUAAUGUAAGUAUAGCGCACAUCAAUCACGUGCGGAAGAUAGCCGGAGUGGAUCACGUCGGCAUCGGGGCUGGAUACGACGGGAUCAAUUUGACACCAACGGGUCUGGAGGACGUCAGCAAGUAUCCGGAGCUCUUCGCGGAAUUGCUAGCGCAUGGAUGGUCGGAGAAAGACAUUCAGAAGUUGGCUGGUCUGAAUCUUAUACGGGUGUUCAAGGCAGUGGAACAGAUUCGCGACAACCUGGCCGCUGAAGGUAUGGAGCCACUGGAGGAGGAGAUCCCGCAGGAGGAUAUAAUCGGUCGUGAUUACUGCCGUUACAACAUAAAGCGUCCGAUGACGCCUUAAACUGCCGGAAUCCUCUCAGCGAACGCUGCGAAACGUAACUCGCAAACGAGUCGAGUGAUCGAAACGGAAACAGAGAGAUAUAAAGUAUACAGAGAAAAGAGAGAGACAGAGAGAGAAAUAGGAUGAGAGGAACGGAAGGCAAAAGUUCACUGCCCCAGCGGGAGUAAAACUCACCCUUUACAACUUUAUCACCAAGUUUGCGAAACCCCUCGCGUCUCUUAGACGACACGGUAUCCGCUGCACAUACAGAUAUGCACACGUUCUCUCCCCUUCCCUCUCUUUCUCUCUCUCUCUUUCUCUUCUCUCUCUCUCUCUCUCUCUCUCUCUCUCUCUCUCUCUCUCUCUCUCUCUCUGUCUUACCUCUUUCGAUCCUUCUCGCUGUUACCCACGAUUCUCAUCUUUGUACGUAAGUAGAUAGAUAAACUCGAUUUCCGCCGAGGAUCUUGGAGCCAGGAGUAUUCGCGAAAAAUAUCAGGACGGUCAGUGAAACGUCAGUACCGCG